UUGUGUUUCCGUGUUUUUUUUUUUAAGCAGAUAUGACAACUCUAACUAGGCAAGACAUCAAUUUUGGACAAGUGGUUGCUGACAUUCUCUGUGAGUUCCUGGAGGUUGCCAUUCAUCUCAUUUUGUAUGUCCGUGAAGUUUAUCCCUCUGGGAUAUUUCAGAAGAGAAAGAAGUACAACGUCCCAGUGCAGAUGUCAUGUCACCCGGAGCUUAAUCAGUACAUCCAAGAUACUCUGCAUUGUGUGAAACCACUCAUUGAAAAGAAUGAUGCAGAGAAGGUGGUCGUGGUCAUCAUGGACAAAGAGCAUCAUCCAGUAGAGAGAUUUGUGUUUGAGAUUUCACAGCCUCCACUGCUCUCCAUCAGCUCAGAUACGCUACUGUCACAUGUGGAGCAGCUGCUGCGGGCGUUCAUCCUGAAGAUCAGUGUGUGUGACGCUGUUUUAAAUAAUAACCCACCAGGAUGCUCUUUCACAGUACUAGUACACACCAGAGACGCUGCGACACGCAACAUGGAGAAGGUUCAAGUCAUCAAGGACUUUCCGUGGAUCGUCGCAGACGAGCAGGAGGUUCACAUGCAGGAGCCUAAACUCAUCCCGCUGAAGACCAUGACGUCCGACAUCGUCAAAAUGCAGCUGUAUGUGGAAGAGAGAGCCCAGAAAACCUGAAGCAUUGAUCAGUGACUGCUGCCGGAGCUGAGGAGAGCAGGAUGCAUGAGAUCGAGAAGUGAGACGUGCAGCCACCCAUCCCCUCACACAUCUUCAAAACCGCUUUGUCCAAAUUAGGGGAGAGUUUGAAUCAUUUCCCUUCCGGCGGUGUGAAGAGUUGCACUGACUUGUGUUCCAUUGAAAUGCACGAAUGUAGUUUUGCUUUUAUGGGCUUGUAUUGUGUUUUGUUUGUUUGUUUGUUUUUAAAUUCAGAUUUCUGGUGAUGAUCGCAGUAAAGUUUUAUCUCUAUGACAAUGAUAUUCCAGAGCAGAUAUUUAGAAGAGCAGAUUACCAAUAUGAGUUUUAUCAUCCAAACCUAUAGCUGUGAGUUGAUCUCUUACUUGAAUAAAAUCUAUAUAGACCCCUCUAUUUCUGUCUUCACCUCAUGUUGAUGUCUCUCUGUCCAUCGUCCAUGUUGUCUUUGCUGCGUUGCGCUGCUUGCAUGCUGUCUGCAGUAGUCAGACAUCACUGCAUUUUGAAUGGUUUACUUUGAGUUGAUGUGCAAUAAUAAAAAUCUCAGUGUGGUAAUCUUUCCUUCUGUUGCACGAUGGAUGCAAAGUUGUGAUGUUCCACUUAUUUUACUGCUCAAAGUAACGUGAUUUAUUGGUGAAACUAAUAAAAACUUGUUUUUAAAAUGCA